AACGUUAGAUGCCGAACGUAAUGCAGGCUUAUUAUUAUCAACAUUUGCCCAAGUAUUUAUUUUCAGAGUUUCAAUGAGUUGUGAAAAUGUCUCAGAACUCUGCUGAAUUCCCCCAAUUGAAGACCCAAAACGACUUCUGUACCUUGGACCGACCAUGUGACGCUAUAUUUGGAGGCGGAUUGUCAGCUCGAGGACAAGGCAACUUAGAAGACAUGCGUGUGGCAGUGAUCGGAGCUGGGGUCAGUGGCCUGUCCACAGCUCAAAGCAUCUAUGAGCAGUACCACUCCAUAGUCAGUCCACUGACCAUUGAGGUGUAUGCGGACUGCUUCACCCCACUGACCACCAGCGAUGGGGCUGCAGGAUUCUGGCAGCCAUACCUCUACGACAAGGGCAAUGUCCAGGAGACUAAAUGGUGUAAGGAGACGUUUGACUACCUGUUGAGCUUCCUGAGCUCCCCGGACUCUAUCAAAAUGGGGAUUUUCCUCCAGUCUGGCUAUAACCUUUGCAGUGAGCCUGCACCAGAUCCCUCUUUUAAAGAUAGUGUGCUGGGCUUCAGAUUGCUUACUAAACGAGAGCUGGAGCUGUUUCCUGCAUACUGCUAUGGGUGGUUCAACACUGCUCUCAUGGUGGAGGGGAAAAGUUACUUGCCUUGGCUGAUGGACUGGUUACAGAAGCGAGGUGUGACAUUUUACCAGAGGAGGAUAGAGUCCUUCAAAGUGCUUGCGGAGAGUGGGGCAGACGUCAUCAUCAACUGCACAGGAGUGAGGUCAGGGGAUCUCCAGCCUGACCCUGACCUCACACCAGGCCGUGGGCAGAUACUGAAGGUCAGAGUGCAAAGGUUGAAAGGUGAGUUUGGUAAUUACAAUGAGGACAUGGCUGAUUAUGUUACUCUUAAUCUGUCUGUGUUUCAGGUGGAUGCUCCAUGGCUUAAGCAUUGGAUCCUCACCCACAAUUUCACUGCUGGAACCUACAAUUCACCGUACAUUAUACCAGGGAGUCGUUCAGUGGUUGUUGGUGGGUGUUUCCAGCUGGGGAACUGGAGUGAGCAGAACAACUCUGAGGACCACAAGGCGAUAUGGGAGGGGGCCUGCCAGCUGGAGCCCAGCCUCAAGCAUGCCCGGAUAGUGGAGGACUGGUCAGGGCUCAGGCCUGUUCGUAGUAAAGUCCGACUGGAGAGGGAGACCAUGCAGUCUGGACCAACCACAUUUGAGGUGAUCCACAACUAUGGCCAUGGAGGGUUCGGAUUGACCAUCCACCGAGGCUGUGCACAGGAGGCAGCUCGGCUCUUGGGGGAGAUAUUGGAGCAGAAGGGCUGGGAGCCCAGGUCUCGUUUGUGAACUAGUGGUUUAUUACCUAAACAGCAGUGGCAUCAGUAUCUCUCACAUGUCUGUAUGGGACCAUUUUAACAUCAGAACGGUUUGCGAAGGAACCCGCAUAGGAAACUCCUGGGGCCUUCAGACAACAGUGAGGGUUCAUUCGUAUUUGCAAGAGAACAACUCAAAAUCAGAGUUUAGGUAGUGGAGUACCUGAUUAACCCAAAACCAGCUAACUUGGAACACAAAGACUACCAGCCAGCCUUAAAAUGGUUUCAUGCCAGUCAUCAGGAUUUCUUUUAUUGAAUGACAAUUUCCUUUGUUGUGUAGUCAUAACUAUUAUAACUAUCGGUUGAAAUCUAUUUUGAAAAGUUAAAAUGUUAUAUUGUAGUUGAAGAGAUGCUAAUAUAUAACAUAUUGAACCAAUACAUUUUUUUUCCAAAAGUGUGAUCUCACAAAUGUGACAUAAAAAUAGGAGUGCAAUAUCAAACAAAAAUGUUAAGAUAUCUUAUUAAUAAUGUUCUAUCAUGAGUUUUAAAACUUAUCAAGUUUGAAAAUGAGUGAAGAAAUAAAUACUUCCACAAUCCAA